GAAUAUCACAGAAAAUUACUGCAUGCUGACAUAUGGCUUUAUGAACAUUACAAAUAUUCAGAACGACAGGAAAGAAUUUACGUUCUUCACAUUUUUCGAUAAAUUUGUUUUCACCCGCUUUACAAAACCCUAUAAGUGUGUCUACAUAUAAAAGAAAAUAUAAACUUCAUUAUAGAACUUAUGUCAACCUCAAGAUAUUAGAAUUAUUCACUUGCAAAUUAUUUCAUGCGAACAAAUCUCUUCAACUAAGUUGUUUUCAUGACACAUUGAUUUAAUCACAAAACUCCUCUUAGUAUUAUGUCAAUCUCAUGGUGAAACAAUGGACUAUACUGUUUCUGCGAUAAUGGAAGUGAAGACAUUUUGCUGAAUUAAGCCAGAAUGUUUGUUCUUCGAAUGUAAAUCAUGUGUGUCUAACUGGUUAGCAGAUCGAACAAUUAACACGUCUGAAAGUUUCCAACUUCCACCAAAACCGUCACUAGAUUUAGACAAUUAAAUUUGACAAAACUCUGCUAACAUCUAUUUUGUUCGAAAAUGUUGAUGAUCCGAAGUAUACUGACUGCCAUUUUGCUUUUAUCUAUAUUAGGUAUAAUUUUUAUGUGGUUGACCAGCGAUAAAUUGGUCAGUCAAUAUUCACUGGUAGAUUCAGUUUGCGAGAACGUCUACUUCAAGCAGUGUACACGAUCUAAAGAAUUAUGGCUUAAGUGCAUCGAAACGUUGGACAGUCUGAGCAAGCGACAGGAUCCAAAUCUAAGAGAGAUGAAGUCAGCAUGGCCACCAGCUGCAAUCACUGAUUUAAUUGACAACUACUUCCCGAUAAUUGAUCUUGCUUUACACAUUCCGCUUACCAAAGAUGCCGAAAACCCACAAAGCAACAAGUACUACCGUCAGUAUCUCGACCUUAUAUCCAAUAAAAGUGUUCAUCAUAAUCAACCCACUUGGCUGUCAUUUUUUCAGGGUAGAAUGACUGGUGUGAACUUCAGUUUAUCCAAUUAUGCAUUGUUUCCUCAAACGCUAAAUUUCCAAAAGGUUAUACAUGAAAUCAAAAAUGGUAUACCGUUAAAAACAAUCCCAAUAAAUAAUCCAGAAUUAUUUGCAUUUCGUUUGCCCAAAAACACUUGCAACUUAUGCCAUAAAGGAAGUGCACUAGACCUUGUAGUUGUUGUGAAAUCCUGUUCAUACUGCACAGUGAAACGUUCCCGUGCUCGUGAAACAUUUAUGCAGAAACAUUUAUGGAUUGGUAUGAAUGUUCAGUUCGUCUUUGUCUUAGGCAUAUCUUAUCCUGGUGAGACAAACACAUUCACCUUCGACGGAUAUAAACUGCAUUCUAAAAAUGGUUGGUGGAGGCUAUCAAAAAUGAACGACAACGAAAAAUGGACACUUACUAAACGACUGGUCAAAGAAGCUGAUUUAUACGAAGAUCUUUUGAUUGGUUCUUUUCAUGAUACAUACUUCAACUUGACUACAAAGCUCAUAUUUACUUUGCGUUGGUUAUCAGCGUUUUGUCAGGAACAGGCACCACUAUUUCUAUUCGUUGAUGAUGACUACGACUUAGUCCCAAUGAAUGUGAUAAAGUUCUACAGAAAUCAUACAAAGGAUUAUCUGAGGCAAAUGACUGGUGGACAUAUUCAUGGAUCACCUGUUGUCGUAAGACCAGGAUCAAGAGAAAAACUAAAUAGCAUAUGGACAUUGACUUUUGAAGAAUUUCCAUGGAAAAAUUAUCCUCCAUACUACCAUGGAUCGAUUUACAUUUUAGGAUCAAGCAUAGUAGGACAUCUAGCUGUUGCCAGUGCUUUCACGCAAUCCAUUCGUAUUGAAGAUGCUUAUCUUGGUAUACUCUUAAACAAACUAAAUAUUCCACCUCAGCAUCUAAAAGUUACUCCUCUCAUGGCUGGAGAAUCUGAUAUAUUGUCUGGUGCACUCUGUGUACCCCAUUAUGUAAGCGAACGCGUAAUGAACUGGAAGACAGGUAGAUUGAAGUGAAGCGAAAACAUUCUGACUACCUGUAUUUAUUCAGUACAUUAAUGUUUCACACAAAUGCUACUACACUUUCACCUCAUAUUCUUCAUUCACAAAGCCUAAGAUUUUUAUCGGUCAAAUUUACUUCAUACCUGACAACCUACUAUUUGACAAAUAUAUUGAUAUUUAUUCUCAUGUUAUGAUUGAAUUCUACUUGUAUGGUUACAUUCUGCUAUAUGUGGUUGAUUUAUUUGCACAACAACUCAUCCGUAUUCAGUUACUGAAAUUUAAUUUACAAUGGUUUGGUUCCAGUUGAUUCUUGUUGCAUUACACGUCCACAUGAUUGUUUUCUUCCGACGCAUGAUCAGACGUAUUUUUUCGAGUUUGAUUGACUGACCAAUUUUCCUAUCUCUACUUACUGUAUAGUAAUUUGAAAUUACUGAUAAGUCAUCUUUAAAAAUGACACUUACGGGUAUUAUCCUUUUUUUAAAAAUACUUUUGGAUAUAUCAGCUUCUAAUGUGUUCAUGUCUAUGUUGAACAUUGAAAUGUUUUGAAAUAUGUCAUGGCCUAAUAAUCAACUUUUUUCUUUCCCUUUUUGAUGAUACCUCAGAGACCCAUUCCUAAGGAAUAAAUAGUUGUCUGUUAUGUCUUGAAAGAUAUUUGAUGCUACUAC